AUGGCUAGCACCUCCACCGUCGUCUCCGCGCCCGGCAAGGUCCUCUUGGCGGGCGGUUACCUCGUCCUUGACCCAGCAUACUCUGGCAUCGUCGUCUCCACAUCCUCGCGAUUCUACACCUCCAUCCAGGAUGCCGGCGCUCUCAACCCGAACUCGAUCCGCGUGCGCUCCCCGCAAUUCCUCCAGGCAUCAUGGACGUACUCGGUGCGCUUCGUAGCCGCCGACGGGACGGUGAUGGUAGAACAGGUCGUACUCGAGGAUUCCAAGAACAAGUUUGUCCAUCUGGCGCUUCAGCGCACCCUCGCCCUCGCCAUUGAGCUCAAGGGCGUCGCAGAGAUCCAGAACAAGCUCGCUCCAGGUCUCGACAUCGCCAUUGUAGGUGAUAACGACUUCUACUCGCAACGGGCGCAGCUGGCGCAGCUCGGACUCGAGCCCACAAUAGAUUCACUCAGCAAGCUUACACCAUUCGGUCCUACGGGUGUGCAGUUGAAAGACGUGCACAAGACCGGCCUUGGCUCCUCAGCAGCGCUCAUAACAUCACUGGUCACCGCGCUUCUGAUCCACCUCGAUUUCCUGCCUCGCAGUGCCUUUGCGGACGAAUCUAUAUCUGAGAGCAGACGACUUGCACACAACGUCGCCCAAUAUGUUCAUUGUUUGGCUCAAGGCAAGGUUGGCAGCGGUUUUGACGUGUCUUCGGCGGUCUUUGGAAGCCAAAAGUACACUCGGUUCAAUCCCGCGGUUCUCCAACCCCUGAUGCAAGACGAUCUCGUCCCGAAACUAGCGCCCAUUCUGUCACCAUCAAAUCCCGCAUGGGAUUACAAGGUGGAACCAUUCCAGCUUCCUCCAUCCACGCGAUUGAUGCUCGCGGACGUCGACGCUGGGAGUGACACACCUUCACUGGUGGGCAAAGUGCUGAAAUGGCGGCAAGCCGAGCCAGUCAAAGCUGCUGAAGUCUGGAACGCAUUGGACCAAGCGAACAUGAAGUUCGCGCAGGCCCUCAGACGGCUAUCACAGCUUCACGACGAAAACCCAGAAGAUUACGAUUUCGUAGUUCGUUUCGCAGCGAGCCUGCAGCCCGUUCAGGUGCGCGCUAUCUUCUUCCCGAUGACAUCUUGUCUUAAUACCCAUGCCGCCUAUCAGGAAAUUCGCACGAAAAUGCGCGAAAUGGGCAAUCUAUGUGGAGUGCCCAUCGAGCCUCCGGAACAGACCGCGCUCCUGGACGCCUGCACGUCUCAAGCGGGCGUCAUUGCCGGCGGUGUUCCCGGUGCAGGAGGCUAUGACGCUGUCUGGCUUCUUGUUCUUGAACCUCCCCAAACGGCCGACCAGCUGCCGUUCCGCCGCAUCGAACGCGUUUGGUCUACGUGGAAAGACCUGAACGUUUCGCCGCUGUCAGCCAUCGAGAGCAAAGCCAAGGGCAUACAUCUCGAGGAUAUCGAUCAGGUCAACGGCUUACGACAAGCCAUCCAUGGAUGA